CUCCUGUCAAUUAUUCCAAUCCCAACAGAAACGUUACCUCCGCGCGCAAAAUGUAUCAAAUCUUGAAGCAUAUUUCGACCACGACAAACAAAGAUAUGAUAACGUGACAACGUACAGAAGAGACACCCAACUCCAAGAGAAGAGAGAAUGUCGUCCGUUAUCAGAGACUAUUUUUACGCCGGGAACUAUUACGAUCACGCCGUUCAGUCUCAGAUAUUCGGCAAUUAUACCGUUGUCUCUACCACACAUCUCCACUGGAAUUCACUGAUUCGUCUCGUCGUGACGAUUCUGCUGCGCAUCGGCUUUGUUGUCGUCCAGGUCGGUAACGUCCCGAUCGACAACGUUAAUCUGAUACUUCUUCAAAAUGCGAUCGAUCUGUGUUGCAUUACCGUUAUAUACUUCCUGAUGGGCUUCCUCGUUGCUUACAACAGCGCCGGUUUGAUCGGCGCGGGUUAUUGGAUCGGUGAUCCGACGAUUGACAAGAACGAGGCGAUCGUGGGGUGGCAGGCAGUGGCGAUCGCAUCGGCGAUUUGCACCACCGCCGUCGCAGGCCGGAUGCACAUAGCAGGAUGCCUGUUGGUGAGCGUCCUCUUGUCAGGCCUGAUUCAACCGUUGCUCAUCCGCUGGGCAUGGAUGGGAUGGAUGGCAGAGAACGAAUUAGGUGGAAAGACGGUGGUCUUCAAGGACCGAGCUGGUACAGCAGUAAUCCAUAUUGUCGGAGGACUCUCAGGCCUGAUCGGAUGCAUCGUUCUUGACAAAAGAAUUAUGUUCAGAGGGAACGAAUACUUGAAUAACGCGAAUCCCAACUCUGCUCGGAACGCUUUCGGGGGAUUACUGUUGAUCUUCGCUGGGCUUCAAGACUUGUGCACGAGCUCGCAUGAGCACGGCAAGUAUCGAAUGUUCGCACGGGACUCAUCGCUCGCAUACGUCAACAAUUUCCUGGCCGCGUCCUCGUGCACAUUCGUAAUCGUGGUUAUACGCUUCGUCUUCAACCGUGAUCCCUACGAUCAUUGGACGUUAAAGAGAUGCAUUCAGGGAACGAUCGCCGGCGUGGUAAUGGUGUCGGCUGCACCAAGCGAUUAUUCGCCACAAAUAGUUAUCGUGUUGGGCUUCCUGGGAGGCAUCAUGUUUCAUCUCGUCUCUACGUGGAUCUUUCACAGCACCCUGGAGGAUUAUUGCAACGUCGUAGCCGUACAUCUCAUUUGCGGGAUCCUUGGGAGUAUCCUUGCUCCCUUUUGUGCGAUGCGUAAAGACGAGGAUACCGUGACGAUAUUAUUGAAUUUCUCCUGGCAAUUAAUCUCCUUGGCUGCAUUGCUGGUCCUAGUUGGCACAGCAAUGCUGCUGAUCUUCGGUAUGCUGGAGUACUACGGAAUACUCCGUAAUAGAUCGGAAUGUUUGAAUCAUACAUGGGGCAAGAGAACUCCGUUUCUGCAAAGACUAUUCUCUCCUAAUAGUGAUUGCGUUUAUUUGGACUCAACUUCCAGCAUGGGACAUCAUCCGAGCAUUGAUUUCAGAUUUUCGAAGUAUCAAGAAGAGAUAAAGCUUGAAGAAGGAAGGCCUACCGUUACGAUUAUUGCGAAUCGACAGAACGUGAACGUCAAAAUUGAAGAUGACGUUACAAAAAUUCCAAUGCCGGGUGCAAGAGUAAAAAAAAUGAGACAAGUGCAUACUUUAUCUGGGAGUACUCCGACGUUAAUAGAAAAUGGAGGUGGUACUGGUGAAUCGAUUAACAAGGAUCUUUCAGUCAUUGGAGGGAAAAGAUUUCUUGGAAAGGAGAUAAAGUGUACUUUAGAUCCUAUAGAAGAAAUAGAUGAAGAGAUUUUGAAAGAAUUUGAAAUCGAGAAAAAUAACGUUCGACUCAGUAUAGACGAUUGUAAUGCUGGGGACCAAAAUCCAAUCUCGGAAUAUUUUAACGUGUCUGGAGAUCGAAGGGACUUGAACGAAUCGAAUUAUCAGCUUCGAAGAACCAUAAAAUUUACGAAUUUACAUAAUGAAUUUGUCAAAGAAGAUUUGAAAGUUGUGUUGGGACCAAAUCGCUUGGAUUCUUCAUCCAGCGAUUCAUGCGAUGAUGACACUAUUUUUGCAAAGACGCCAAACUUGAAUGAAUCCAUAAAAGAUAUUGUAAUAAACAACGACUCAUUGACUUACAGCGCAAAUGUAUUAUAAGUAACUCUAACAAGAGAUUCGAUUCAAGCGCGCAAAAGAUAUUGAUAUAUCGAAACAGCGAAGUUACCAAAGAAGCUACAUCAAUUUCUUGGAACUGGAACAAUUAAAGAUAUUACAUAAUUUUGAAGAGGAAAAAGCUUAUCAUUA